ACCAUCAAGGUGGCCGUGGGCAAGAGCGGUCUCACAUUUGACCCCAACAGCAUCACCGCCAAGGUCGGCGACGUGGUCGAGUUCAACUUCUACGCCAAGAACCACAGCGUAGUCGGCGGCGACUUCCUCAACCCCUGCAAGCCGGCCGAGGGCUCUUUCUUCUCGGGCUUCUUCCCCACCGGCGCCAAUGCCGUCAACGUACCCCCGCAGAGCCAAGUCUUCCGCCUGACCGUCAACUCGACCGACCCCAUCGUCUUCUACUGCUCGCAGAACACGGGCUCGCACUGCAAGAACGGCAUGGCCGGCGUCAUCAACCCCACCACCCUCCGGUCCCUGUCGGCCUACCAGACCCUGGCCAAGGCGCUCGUCGGCAACGCC